AUGAAACGAAGCGGCCUCUCUUUUACCUCCAAGGUGAAAGACAUGCAAAUUUUCUUUGGGCUGAAUGUGUCGGGAAGACUGGACUCGGAUACCCUGGAGGUGAUGAGGAGUCCUCGAUGUGGCGUUCCAGACGUGGAGGAGUACAGCCACGCCCAGACGACACGCUGGAAUAAGAAUGUCAUCACCUACAGCAUUGGCAGAUACACCAGAGAUUUGCCUCGCAGCACUGUGGACUCUUUGAUAGAGUCAGCUUUCAGCGUCUGGGCCAGAGCCAGCAGUCUGACGUUUGUCAGGUCAAACACUCGCAAUGCUGACAUCAUGGUGGAGUUUGCGAGCUAUGCACACGGUGACUUGUUUCCAUUUGACGGGCCUGGAAGGACACUGGCUCAUGCUUUCGGUCCGGGGUCAGGAAUCGGCGGGGACACACACUUUGAUGAUGCUGAGCGCUGGACAGCAGGAGAAACAGGUUUCAAUCUGUUUGUAGUGGCAGCUCACGAGUUUGGCCAUGCUUUGGGUCUGAAGCAUUCCAGAAACCGAGAGUCACUGAUGUUUCCAAACUACAAACCCUUCCGUUCAGCAAACCUGUUAUCCAGUGAAGAUGUAGCCAGCAUCAAAGCACUUUACAGUCCUAUCAGAGGUCAUCUAAAUAAUCUUCUGACAAACUUUCAUCAUAACAACUGGUUGUCUAGCGUACUAUUCCCUCGACUCAUGCGGGACAAAUGUGCAGCAGACUUGACCUUUGAUGCAGUUUCCACUCUCGGGGAUUCCACCUUCUUCUUUAGAGAAAGGUAUCUCUGGAUUAAGCAUAAUCAUGAGGAUGACAUCAAGGAGGGUCCCAUCUCAAACUUUAUGCCCAAGAUUGAAACCAGCAUUGAUGCUGCCUUCUGGGUACCUCGCAGAUCCACUGCUUACCUUAUUCAUGAGUCCAUGUUCUGGACAGUGAAAGGCUCUCUUGUGAAGGGAAAGCCCAGAGCACUAAGUCACUUUGGGUUUCCAGUCUGGGUUCAGGAUGUAGAUGCAGCAGUGCACAUCGCCAAAACAGGACGAACUCUCUUCUUUAUGCAUGAUAUUUACUGGAGUUACAACGAAAACCGAAAGGUUAUGGAUUUUGGUUACCCAAGGUUCAUCAGCGAGGGCUUUCCUGGACUCAACAGCACAAUAAAUGCAGCUCUUCAUAAAGAUGGCUUCAUCUACUUCUUUGUGGGACCACAAGUCUACAAAUACGACUACACGCAGAAACUUGUUGUAGGAGUUGAGAAAGCAAAUUCCUGGCUUGGUUGUUAA